AUGGAAUCCGUGCUCCCUUUCUGGGCGUCCUCUUCGCUCUGGCUUGUUGCCGUGGGCAUGCUGUGGGGCUGCACCAACCCACUCAUUAAGCUGGGCAGCAAGGGCGUCACCGAUCUGCCGAAGCGUUCCCACCCGGUCAUGCAGUUCCUUGCCGAGACCUUCUUUCUUUUCACACGAUGGCAGUACCUAGUUCCAUUUCUGCUCAACAUGUGCGGCUCCGUGGUAUUUUUUUGGUCUCUGGGAAGUGCUGAAAUAUCCUUGGUGGUGCCAAUCACCAACUCGCUCACCUUCCUCUUCACCACCGUGACGAGCCAGCUGCUCGGCGAAACUCGCGGGGUUAAUCGAUGUACGCACUUUCGUUUUUUCAUCCCGCUCUCACUCACUUUCCUCAUCUAUCGAUUGCUCCAGCUACACUCGCAGGCAUGGCUCUCGUCUUGA